AAAACUGUCAGUUGGACAUUGGUGGUUCGAGCUUAGUGCUGCGAGUGAUUUUCGCCGUUUCGCGUGUGUAUUUCCCUAGUUUUCGGACGUCGUGUCUUCCCAUCUCAAACAUCAUCGUGCUACAUUGUACGUUGCUUGAACAGAACACAAUCAUAAACUGGUGGCUUGUGUAAGCACACCAAACCGACUCCGACUUCGAGCGUGUCUCUGAUGAGGCGGAUAUCUUUGCGAAGGGAAUUAAAUUAAAUACACACCGGAAGAAACUAUCCGGGAAAAGUUUUUACAAAACGUCUACUCAGCUCAGUUCAGGAAGCUAACCACCGAACGAAACGACAGACAGAGAAACCGACGAAUCCGUUCGCAGUCAAGAUAAGCUGUUUUUCCGAAGCAGUUGGUGUUUUUCCGAUCCCCGUCCCCUUUUUACCCCGAUCCAACAUUUCGUUUGAUCCGAGUGCUACGGCAGUUGACCAACAACUACUGGCUUCAAGUUUCAUGAAGUGAGAUUGUUCCGAAGAUAUAUAAGAAAAGCUAACGAACCUCACCCAGAGGAGGUCGGGUGGGAAAAGGAAUUGUGGUGUACUAGUUAUUUUCCUUUUUUUCGGAAUCGGUGGUGCUGGUGUUGGUCGUGAGAGGUCUCUCGCCUUCCGACGAUUUCCGGGAAAAACAACCGAAGGAACGCGCAAGCAGCAGAAAUGGACGAGAAAACUCUGGGUCGUUGUAAUCGUGAAAAACCACCGUGUAAAUACUUCCACCCUCCACAACAUCUCAAAGAUCAGCUACUGAUAAACGGACGAAAUCAUCUGGCCCUGAAGAACGCCAUCAUGCAGCAGAUGGGAAUUUCACCUGGACAGCCAGUGCUGCCCGGCCAAGUGCCCGCAGUGAAUGGCGCCACGGCGACGGCGGCGGUUGUCCCUCAAGGAGCAGCGGCCGCAGCACUCGGAUUUACUAUCUCCUGGGGAGGCCAUCCCCAUCCACCGUACACGACGUAUGUGCUCAGUCACAACGCCAACGGCAACAGUUGCGUCCCGGCAACGGCCAUCAUGAACGCAGGCAUCCCGAGCCCGAUCAGCAACAGCGGCAGCAGUUGCAACAACAACAACAGCCAUAGCAAUAACAACAACCAUCACACCAGCCACACGACCUGCAACACCUCUACUACCACCCCUAAUCAUCAUAAUAACAACAACCACAUCAGUACCAAUAACAACAGCCAAGGUGGCGCCUGCAAAGCAACCAAUCCCUACCUGGCCAGUAUGCCCACGAGCACGUACAGUCCGUACUUCCCGCCCGGGCACCUGAUGCCGACCCUGUUAGGCCCCGCGGAUCCCUCGGCCGUCUCCCAGGUGGGCCCGGUCGUGCAGCAGACCCUGGUGCCGGCCACACAGCAGAAGAUUCCCCGCUCCGACAGGCUCGAGGUAUGUCGCGAAUUCAUGCGCGGUGCCUGCAAGCGAGCGGAGUCCGAGUGCCGUUUUGCACAUCCGCAGGACAGCGUUACAACACACGAAGACGGUUCUGUCACGGUGUGCAUGGAUGCCGUGAAGGGUAGAUGCGCUCGUGAACCUUGUCGCUACUUCCAUCCUCCUUUGCACCUGCAGGCUCAAAUAAAAGCAGCGCAGUCACGCGCAACCGCGACUGCACCUGUAUCCGCUGCGGCUGCUGUUGCCGCUGCUGCCGCUGCCGCCGCCGCUACCAUGGGCACCCUACCGCCGCCACCACCGCCAUCUGCCGGGGCUGUCAAUUCGACGCCAUUACCACUCGGCCAGUCUCCCCUGGAGGCUGGCAAAAAGCGUGCAGCCGAUAGUGACAUGAUACAAAUGAUGGACAUGAAAACGAUGGGAUCUUUUUACUAUGAAAACUUUGCUUUUCCCGGAAUGGUCCCAUACAAACGUACCGCCGCUGACAAGUCCGGAAUCCCGGUUUAUCAACCUGGUGCAACGACCUACCAGCAGCUAAUGCAGCUUCAGCAGCCAUUCGUGCCAGUGUCAUCUUCGUCUACGAUACCCUUGAAUGCUCCUUACGUUAUCUACACCGAUGCCAAUGGACAGUUACUGGACACCCUCCCGGUGUGCCAAGAUUUUAAUAGAUCGAUGUGCACGCGCCCGACCUGUAGAUUCGUACAUCUAAUGGAGUGUGAUAAAGUAGAAGUAUGUGAUCAACGCGUGGCGGUCUGUCGUGAUCAUGCGAAGGGUAUGUGUAAGCGCAAGCAAUGUAAAUAUUACCACAUACCGAUUGUACUGCCACCAGCGAACGUGAUGGCCGCCACAGCAAAAAUAGCAGAGUAGAACAAAUACCAACCGGCAGCAGCAGUAAACUAUCCAUAACCCGAAGCAAACCUACCAACAACCACUUCUAAAGGAUAACUCAGAUUACCCCAUUCAUCCGAACAGUUACGGUGUAUAAAAUUGCAGAGAUCAUCAUAUUCGGUGGUGGUCUAACUAACUAGAUUUCAACCACGCAAACCAAGAGCAGUGAAAGCGAGAACAAUAAAAAAACACCCAUCAACACAACUACAAUCCCAGCCAGAACUGAAGAGAGUGAGCAGCAAGUAAUACAAAACCAGGCAUAACAUCCUAACCGUUUUUUCUAGCUCUACUAUUGUGUGUAAAGAAAAGUAUUCGUUUAUUGUUUUGUUCGUUACCGGUGGAGUGAGCGAUGCGUUUUUCCUCUAUAGAACUGUACGCGUGCGCUGUAUUCAAGUUUUGUAUGUUGUAAUUGGAAGUUUCUAUUUGUCUCGAAUUUAUAAUUGAUUCGUAAUAUAUUCAAAUGCGGUAAAUAAUCUGUAUUAUGUCUGUGUAUUUUUGUAUAUUUUUUGUAUUUAGCGAAUAUGUUAUAUAACUGAAUAUUUUUUCCUUAUUUACAGUGCAUAUUAUUGUAUAAGUUUAAUAAACGUCAAACGGGAUAAAUUUAGGAUAAUUAUUUACGCAUGACGAAGCGAUAUUGAUUCGAAAAUAAACAUCAAAUGUAUAAUCUAAUGGUUGCAUUGAAAUACUUAUAAGUUCAAACUAACACCACAAGUUCUAUAAAUAUACAUUUUCUAUGGGAAAUUAGGAUGCUAAAACGUAUUGAAUUUUGUACUAAGUCAACCAAAAAUAACUAAUUAUUCCGUACUGAAAGAGCCUAUACAAAUUUAUUGACGCUGUUCUACACACACAAACUCCCUUUGGUUCACACUACCUAAAAUUUAGCGAAAUAAAUGAAAGCAAACAAUAAUCUAAACCCCUAACAAAUCACAAGCGAUAUACAAACCAUCUCUAAGACACAGUAAAUUACUCAACUAUAACUUUUUACCUAAUUUACUGACCGGGAAAGAACUGCAAAAUAUCUACCAUUUAUAUUCGAGUUUAUACACAUUCACACGAAGGCAACGUUACACACACUCACACGUUCACGUUGAUUGAAAAAAAGUCACACUCACGUUGAUUCUCUGUAACAUACUCUUACACUGAAAAGCAAACAUUUGACAACGGCCCUAUGUACCGAUACUGACUCACUAACACACUCACACAAAACACACUCUAUUGAUUGGUGGUAACUCAAUACCAGCAGCAACAGCAGCACACAAACACAACUAUUGAAUGAUAAAUCACGUCCUAUUGGAGCAACGAUAAUGAAUAGUUUAUAUGUUUAUAUUAUAUAUCAAAAUGUGGUUAGACUACGGUUGAACUAGAAUGAACAAACAGAAAUUCGAAAUGAAAACAAGAAUUAUGAUGAUAACUCUCUAUUGUUUACUUUUUUAUUUCCUUAACGAUUUAUAAACGUUGCGUUUAAUUAUUUGUUUUUGUUUAUCUUCGUUUGAUUUGUGGGUAAUGUUCAUAUUUUAUUUAGGCAUAUAUUUCUCUCUAAGAAAGUUUAAGGAGUAAAACACACACACAGAGACGUAAAGUCACACUCAUAUACACUAAAUCAAAAGUAUUCCUAUUACAAUCUCGUAUUUUUAAGUGCUAAAAUUGUCAAUAAACCAGAGUGAUUAUCAGCUGAGAGGUCCACAGUUGAAGACUCUUUUGAUUACUCGAAGAAUUGUUUAAUUGAUUCUCCUCUUUUUUUUUGUGUGACCACAAACCAAAUCAGGCGCGAGGGGUCCCACGAUUUGUGGGCCAUCUUCGCCUCGAAAAAAAAAACGAUUUCAAAUUGCGUUCAAAACGUUAGAAAUGAUGAGAUGGCAAAAAUCCAAGAUCCCAAUAGGUGGGAAACAAUCGUUUUAAAAUAACACAGAUUUAAGUAACGAUUAGGCAAAGGUAAAUUGAAGAAGUUUAUUGAUAGGGAAUGGAGAAUUCAACAAACUAUGCUGAGGAGUGCAGAAAAAAGGAAAAACUACCGCAGAAAACAGAGCAUGGCUUGCUUUUUACAGCGGGAUCGGAUCCCAUCAGUCACGAGUACCAUUUGAGCGAUGAUGGUACGCUUUCAUUUUUUGGUUUGUCCUCAAUACUAUACGAUGCAUAAUUGUGAUACAACUGAUCGUUUAUUUGUUCCUGAUGUUUUAGACACGUACAUUCAUUUUUUUUCCUGCAUAAUAAAUCAUCCCAAUUGCUAAGGUCAGACUUCAAAGUGGAAAUCUGACUGCUUUUUUGAAGGUGGUGGUUGAUGGUUAGUGGACGAAGAUUUGACAUCCAUUUGGAAAAUUUGUUCACACAUUUGAGCAUUUCAAACUUACAAUGAAUGUGCUCGGCUCAGUAAGGCUUGAUUACGCAUGAGCCAAAUGAUUGAAUAGUUUAUUAUAAAAAUCAUAAUCAAUAUUGACAUUAGAAUUCUAACACGAGUUCCACUGGUUGAACAUAAUUUCGAUUAACAUAUACUCAUUUCCUUCGUUUGUUCGUGAAUAUGACGUUUGUCAACUCAUCUGACACUUAUGACAUCGAAACAUUACCUAUAUUUAUAGUGAUAGUUGUGUAUGAUGCAGUGAUCUAUUAGAAAGGAAGCUUAACAUAUAGCUGUCUACUCUCGCACUAAUGAAUAUCUAAAUGACAUGUUCUAUUACAAUAAAAGUUCUAUAAGUGCAACAUGUUUACUAUUCAAUUAUUGGAAGUCAAUGCAAGACCGACAGACUUCAAUAACCUGUCAAUUGAUGCUAGAAAAAAUAAAAUUUGCAAUGUAAACAAAAAACGUUUUGCAUUCAUUGAUAUUCUUCUGUAUAAAGAUGUAGGAAUCGAAGAACACCCUCUAAUUUUUCAUACAAUCAAGUAAUCAAAAUGUAAUUCUAAACUGCAUCUUCAAUGGUAAACCAAAAUUCGAGGUAAAUCUUUAGAAUCUAGCGAACAAUGAUUUCUUUCAACGAUUUAUCAAUCAACCCAGCCAUCAGCCCCCACUUACUACGCAAAACUGAGCUCUCGUUUAUGUCCAAAGAUCUCCGCUUCGCUUGGCAACUGAAACCCCGCUUGGAAAUCAUAUAACCGGAAACCGGAAACCGAGAUUAACUACUAGGAAAGUGAAUACAAAUACAUACCGUGCAUGAAUAUCGAAUGCGCAAAAUACCAUACUACAAAAGCGAACCAAAUAUGAUUUGUCAAGACUGAAGCAGGGGAUGGUUUUCAAAAAAUCUAACUCUGUAAACUAUAAUUCAUUUCACGAAGGGAGAGAGAUAGAAAAGAGAGAUAGAAGACAAAGAAGUAAUCCAAUACACAGGAACCAAGAUGAGAGACGGUAACUCAUACCGCGAAGAGAGAGAAUACUGAAUUAGUGAGAGAAUGAGAUGCGAUUACCGUAGCCCAUUUUUUUGUGUUCCCCUUUCGAUCGUACUUCGUACACUUUGAGCACAUAUCCCUUACAAAUCCGAGAAACAGCGAGGAACUAUUCAUGCUGAUUUCAAUAUCAACAUCACUGGGUGAGAAAUAUCCCAUUGUAGAAUGAUGUGUCUGAAACCCGUACAGUUUUUUGUCCUGUCACCCUGACCAAUGUUCAUAAACUUACGUUACCUUGGUUCGAAAGCCGUGACUGCCAUGUUUAGCGGUGAAAACGGAGGCACUACUUUUGGGGAAAAUCCGAAUCGAGUGAUUGUCGAAAAAGCCAAACAACAACAAUCAGAAUCGAGACCAACAUUUGAAAAUGUUAUACGUCGCAAAGGUGGAUAAAAGACGCAUUUCUCAGAAGAUAAUGCAAUUCUUAAGCGAUUCAAUAUGUCAGAAAAAUCCCUGAAACGUCAAACCUCAACAACGUUUUACUUCGUUUCUGAAUUUUCCGAAACAGAGUUUUCAAAUAUUGGUCUAGAUUUUUUUCGCAUGGUAGACAGCUAUGAAAAGGCAAGCAGAAAACACUAAUCGCAAACAGAAGAUAGAAUAUUUUUAGAUAGCUAGGAGACACAUUUAUAUAUUAUCAUUAACUAAACCAAUUGGAUCCGACUGGCGGAAACACUUGGAGAUGUGAAACACAAUGAAAUUGUACUUUAAGCAAAACAAAGGAAAAACGAAUCGAAAUGGAAUCGAAUGCUACUGAAUGUUCAAAUCUGCUGGGAUCGAAAUCAACUGGAAUGUUGGUCUAGUGGGAAGCAAAUGUGACACGACAUAGAACUCUGUUAGCGCGCUUCAUGCAUUCUGUUUUUAUAGUUUCAGAAUCUAAGAGUGUUUAAUUGCAUACAAAUCCAAGAAAUAACGAAUUAUUCACCACUCAAAAACAAAAAUAGUAACAGAAUUACUUUCUAACUAAAAAUCCGAUAAGUGCAACAACUUUGUUUUUCGCAACUCAUGUUACAUACACUGCGAUGUUUUUCGGGCACUUGACAUCGACUGUCAGUUUGUUGACGUCUGUCAGUCGUCCAAUUUGAUUCACCAAGUGAAACGUUAACAUGAUGCACUUAUCGAACGUCUACUGUACGGUAAGUCAUAUUUUGAUCACUACAAGAUCGAAUCGAUGACAAAGUUUUUGAUCACAAAUGUUGUUUGAAUUACGUUGGAAUCAAUUCAAACUUGAAAUGGUUUAGCGUGUUUUUGGCGGAAGUUUAAGCGUUUUAUACAAAAAAUGAGUUAGGGCUGUAUGAUCCUAUCCAGCUUUUUACAAGCGCUAAUGACUGCCGCAAACAGGCUCGCUUUCUGGUAGGAAUAAGUCAUUUUGACAUUUGGGUUGGGUCGUUUUAUAUCAGGCUAUCGACAUCGAUGGAGACACCAUCAUCUAUGGUGACAAAGGGCUCGAUUGGCUUGUCAGAUGGAUCGAGCUCGGGACAUUCUGUCUACUGCAAAUCGCUGCAGUUGAUGUAGGGCAGUUCCAUAGGCUGUUUUAUAUCGAACGACCCAAGCCAAACGUCAUAUCGAAUGAUCCCUACCAGAAAGCGAGCCUGUUUGAGGCAGCCAUUAGCGCUCGUGAAAAGCUGGAUUGCAAUGAAGUGUAUGUAGUGAUUUUCUUUGAAAAAUGUCAGUAUACGCAUAAUUGUUAUGCAACAUUGCAUUGAAGCUUCCAAAUUUCUAUUAAAGCACAUCUAAUAUCCAUACCAAAGUAACUUUUGAGGUUAUUUAAUGAUUUGAUUACCGAACUGAAUCUAAAAGCUGUCUUUGAGAUAUUUUUAAUAUUAUUGUGGGCAAUGUUUGUCACAUUUUCUCAUUAAAAAAAUGUUUAAAACUGCAUUAUACAAAUACAUGCUUAAUAUUUUUUAAGCAGUAGUUUUUAAGUUAACUUAUUAGUUUAUUAAAUUGAUUUUUUUGGGUAAUUAAAUAUCAAAUUUUCACCACAAUUUCCGUUUGACGUUCGGCGUCAUCUAAAAACUUUUAAAUUUUGUCAGAUUGAAUACAAACUAAAAAUAAACAGCAAAAACUGUGAUAAUAUAAAACACACAAAACAAACGAAUAUCGAAUACUUGCCUCUAGCGUUUAUGAUUUGUAAAAAUCAAUCCCUUCAUUGUCACUGGUUCGCCGCAUUCCACUCCCACAGAAAUCAUCCAAGCAGAUAUCGCAUCAUUCGGUUUGUCUAGUCAACACCAAUUUGAAUCAAUUUAGAUCAUCGCCAUUAUCUACAUAACCCCAUGUUACGUUUGAGAGACUGCGAAUCUCAAGAUUUUUUAUUUUCUAAAUUAUUCUCAACGCGUAAUACUCAUCUUUCGAUACAAAGAAAAUUCGGCCAAAACACUACCAUCGUCAAGCAAAUACUCCGCUUUCGGUUGCUUGUCCGUUUGUUUCAUCGAAUUCGUAAAAUAUGUAUGUGUUCUAUCUUAAUUCUUAUUUAGUUCCUUAUUAGUUGACUUUCAAAUUGAACGCAAAAUCUCUUGAAAAAUGUUCCUGAAUAUUAAAUGGACACCAUCUAUUGUGUCGAGUGCCCUAAAGAAUUGAAACUACCCAAAACUGAUGAUAGGGUUAGAAGAAUAAACAGUAACAAUAAACAGUUUUGUGACAUAUUUUUCCCCACAACACCUUACCGCCGUUCAAACUCACACAUACACACAGGCCGCAGAGAACAAGCAAACCUUACCCUGCACACACUGUCCACACAUUGAACAAUAGCUCCAACAGUUACGUGACCGAGAAAAAGUACAUACAAUAAUAAAAUGCGUUUGACAGCACAGUCAACAUUUAUGGAAUCCCAAGAUUUUUAUGGCAACUGUCAAAUUAGAAGACAUUGACACAGAAAGGUUAUAUUAUUUGUAAAAAAAAAUGGGAAAUCUUAGCAAGGAUAAAAGUGAAACAAACAAAUAUUCUAAUUGAAGUAAUGAAAAAUAAACAAAACUAAAUUACAUAUAAAUAAUCUGUAAGAUUUUUAGUAAUAAAAUAUUAUUGAAAACUUUACUCAAAAUACUUUAAAAAUAUUGUAUGAAUAAAAAUCACUAUUAUCAUUAUUGAUAAUGGAACACACACACACAUAAAACAAACACACGGAAAGUAUUUCAGUUUACUUAUUAACUAGUAAACCUUUACACAAGUGAACGAAUAAAAAAACUCCAUCGUGAACCUAUAGUUGAUCGAAUAGUGAAUCCUUAAUGGGAAAAGAAAAUUACAAGAUACCUUAACAAAAAAAAAUCGGCAAAAGUGACAACCGAGAAAAAGUAAAACACAAACCUUUCAGAGUAGCGUAUAAAAUCAGUGACCUCAGUGUUCGAGGAAGAAAGCAGUAGAAUAGCAUUGCUCUAGUACAGCAAAACUUUCCCGCAGAAAACAACAAAAUGAGAACAAAAAGCAUAAAACCAAAUGUGACCGAUCGAACAGCGAAGCUACACAGUAAAAAAAAAAACGUGUGCAAAGUGAUCGGCACAUCCGAAGAAAACAAGUGAAAAAAGUAAAACGAAAAAAAAACAUAGGAACUCACGUAAAAGUGACUCGACCGAACCGCCCCCGGAAGUGGCAUGUGAAGGGACCGUCCUCACGGGUUAGACCCACCACUCUCCUUGGGCGUGAUAGCGAAUCACUCGCGUGUGCAUUCAUCACUGCGUCUGUGAUAGUUCUAAAGAAAAUUUUAACGUACUAGAUCAAGUCUAUGGAAUUAAGGUGCGCGUUGUGCAUAACAAGGAUAUUCGCAAGUAAGCAAAAGUAGCAAGAAUGAAAAUCAAAAAAUCAAAAAAGCAAGCAAACAAGCUCCGAGCAUAUGGACUCGACGCCCAUGGCGACCAGAGGAUCUUUUUUCGAUCCGCUCUUCCCCACAGAGAGGCGUUUCCUGGUUCUGGCGCUUGUGGUCCCCGAUUCCGAAUUGGGCAGGGCGCAAAACUAAAACAAAUGUCCAGCUCGCAAAUGACGAAUCCGGGUCACAGAGCAGAGUGAAGAAAACAUCUAAUUAAAAAUAAUAAAAUAAUGUUAAACGAUAAAUUGUUGUUGAUAAAAAUAAAUAAAAAAAAGCAUCACUUUUAUUAUUAAAAAAACUUGAGGGAAAACCUAUGAUUAGUUGUGUAGCAAUUCUUUAAUUAAGGGAUUAAAAUACAAUAUGAAAUUAAAUUUAAAUGAACACAUGAGAAAAGUAUCUAAAUUAACAUAAGAAAAUGAGAAAAAAAACUAGUGUUUUCGAGAAACCGAAACAAAAAAUAUUAAAAUAAAAUAUUACAAAAUUAUACAUAUGUUCCAUUUUUUAAAUAUAUUAAAACUAUGUGAGAAAAAAAAGUAACACUAAAAAGUGGGAAAACAAAACUGAUCAAUCAUUGUGGUGAAAUCUAUUUUUCUUCAGUUCAUCUGCAACCAAUACAAAACAAAAAACGAAAAGGAAAUAUAAGUAAAAUAUACGGUGAAAAUGG